AUGGCUCUGGGACCUGCUGCCCUGUUCACCUUGACCCUGCUCAUCAAAGGCCUGAUCACUCAUGCUGAUGACUCCUGCCCAGAAGUGAAAGUCCUGGAUCUGGAUGGUUCCAACAAGCUCACCAUCCUUCGAGGCUGCCCUGGCGGGCCUGGAGCCCUGGGGCCCAAGGGAGAAGCAGGGGCCAAAGGAGACAGAGGAGAGAAUGGCCUCCCUGGACACCCUGGGAAGGCAGGACCGACUGGACCCAAAGGAGACCGAGGAGAGAAGGGAGUGCAAGGAGAGAAGGGAGUACGUGGAGAGAAGGGAGACACCGGGCCAUCUCAGUCGUGUGCUACAGGACCUCGGGCCUGCAAGGAAUUGCUCACCCGGGGCCACUUUCUUACUGGCUGGUAUACCAUCUACCUGCCAGAUUGCAGGCCCCUGACUGUGCUGUGUGACAUGGACACCGAUGGCGGGGGCUGGACCGUCUUCCAGAGGAGGCUCGAUGGCUCUGUGGACUUCUUUCGGGACUGGGCCUCGUACAAGCGUGGCUUUGGCAGUCAGCUGGGGGAGUUCUGGCUGGGAAAUGACAACAUCCACGCCCUAACCACCCAGGGAACCAGUGAGCUGCGAGUCGAUCUUGCAGACUUUGAAGGCAAGCGUGACUUUGCCAAGUACAGCUCCUUCAAGAUCGAGGGAGAGGCCGAGAAAUACAAGCUCAUCCUGGGAAAUUUUGUUGGAGGUGGUGCUGGUGACUCCCUGACUUCCCAUAACAACCAAUUCUUCACUACCAAAGACCAAGACAAUGACCAGAGUUCUUCCAACUGUGCGCUGAGUUACCAUGGAGCCUGGUGGUACUCUGGUUGUCACCAUUCCAACCUGAAUGGCCUCUACCUCAGGGGGCCCCAUAUGAGCUACGCAAAUGGUGUCAAUUGGAAGUCGUGGGGAGGGUACAACUAUAGCUACAAGGUUUCUGAGAUGAAGGUGCGCCUCACCUAG